CCAGCCAAGUGGUGCAUUGGUGGAAGUGAAGCGGCAGAUGAACAGGUGAUGAUGGCUGGAGAGUUUUGAGUGACUGACAGCAGAGACUGAAUGUGAAAUUUCCUGGUUCUGUGCUGGAGUGCAAGGUCAAAGGUCAAUGCUGAUGAUGUCGCAGCGACCAGCGAUGGACGAACGAGCUCUCCGUGAAAGUAUCCCAACAUGUGAUCAACAGCACAGAGUGACGUCGGAAGAAACGGAGAAUGAGGAUGAGAGGAAGAGGUGGGUGGAGCAGGUGGAGGAGGCAGAGAGGAGAACAGCAGACCUGCUGUGGCAGCACUGGGACCGAGGACAGACGGUCUUCCAACCCUUGGUGUCGACGGCAAAGACCAGAAAACCCAGUGAGACAAAAUGUGUUGUUACUGAUGCACGAGCGCCGAGGGCAUUAGAGAAUAGUGUGAGUUCAGAGGUCACAAAUGAAAUGUUAACCCUGAAUAUGGACCCUGAUCUUUUGAGCCCAUGUGGAUCUGGAGACGGGCAGGAUGACUUCUGUCAUAUGGACAUAAAGGAUGAUUGUGGUUUCUGGACAGUGGGUGGACAACACAUCGCUGAACUUGGACUCUCCUGUUUAGAAUCUCCUUCCACACAUCAGUCUUCUGAUCGUGUUGCACUGGACGGUUCAUCAAAGACAGAUAAUGAACACUGUACAUUAAGAGAUGACGUAGAGGGCAUGAUCGUGACCUCCUGCAGCGCCGACGGUGUGUACGAGUCCUUUGGGACGAAUCAGGAGGAUGCAUCCUGUAGUGCAAAGAUGCAGGAAAUGGAUUUGGAUCCAUUUCUGUGUCCUGACCUUGGAGAUCUAUCAGAUAUAGAUGAUUACCUGAAUGAGGAUGUUGAUCAGCUCCUGAUGAGUAUUCUAGAAGGGGGCCUCCUCUUCGAAGAAUUAGACAACAUCAAUGACGUUUCCAUGCCAACACCUCCUUCUAGCCCUGACAGAUGCCAACAGACAACAACAGAAACACCAAGACGCACAACACAUAACAGGAGAAGACGACCAUGUGUUCUCCACUCAGAAGAAUCUGAUGAUGAAAACAUGCCAUUGAAAGAAAAACGGCAAAAGGAAUCAGGGUACCAAAAUGACAAAGAGGUUGAUGAAGUCUUGGCAACAGCAACUUCAGACUCUGGUGCAGAAACGGAGCCAAGUCCUGCAGACGUCGGGGACGCGCCCACACCUCCACCCAGAAUCGUGCACCUUCAUCCCUCCAUCCAUUUCAUUACCGUCCCAGAUACUCCGGGAUGUCAGGUGGUCCAGACUAUGAGGCUCUCGCCUCCUCUCUUCACACUACCAACAUCACCAACAUACAUACUGGGUCCCAUCAUGUAUAUAAAGCAGGGAGGACAGCCCGUUAGUGUGGUUCCUGCUCCAUUGUCACCCUGCAGUGGUCAAGUUCCACCACUGUCCCCAGUGGAUGGCACUGUAGCACCAGUCCACAUGAGUUCAUCUCCACCAGGAUCUCUGUCAGAUACUGCAAGCAAAUCCUUGUCCAUCCCUGUUGACUCACCGCCGUCUCCCAGUAUUGAAACGAUGACUUGUAAAGAAUCACCUCUUCCUCAGUCUCCAUCAAUCCUUGAUUUACCGCAGAGUGUGAAGGACUACAUUCAAAGCGCCAAAGCUUACACGAGUCAAACCUGCCAGGAAAUGGAACCAGGGCUUAGUAUGGCUUCUCAUUAUGUGGAUAUGCGGGUUGUCCAGAGAGAAAGUCUUCAUUCAGGAAGAAACACAAACAAAUGCCUUAACAAAGAGCUUGUUGUCAUGGGAUACACAGAGCGGUUAAACAGCUCUUUGGAGUGUAGUCAGAUCUUUGAGUCCCUAAAUGGAGAAAAGCCCAAAAGAUACAUAUUGUUAUUUGGGAACACAGGCAUAGGAAAGUCUACACUGAUAAAGAAGUUGUGUCUUGAUUGGUCAAGAGACUGCAUCCCCCAGUUUGACUUCGUCUUUCUAUUGGAUGGCAAAGAACUCUGUCUAACCAAGCUGACUUUUAGCCUUCAGACCCUCCUGCUCAACUUGUCUUCAAUUGCUCCUUCUUGCAUGGAUCCUGAGUCAGUAUACAAUCAAGUCCUUGCAAACCCAAAGCGUGUGCUCAUCAUUUUUGAUGGGUUUGAAGACUUACGGGAAUAUGAACUUCUUCUCCAAAUGCCAGAAAAGCAUUUGGUGACAUCACUACUAAAUGACAGUAAGGUGCAGAUGUAUACUGUAAGACAACUGUACAUUGGUAUACUUCAGAGAAUCCUUCUUCCAGGAUGCACUCUUCUACUCUCGACCCGACCAAAAGGUCCUGCCGGUCUGCUACUCCGGCGUGCUGACAGACUCUUAGAAGUAUGUGGCUUCACCCAUAUGGAUAUAGAGACGUAUUUUUCACAGUACUUCACUGAUCCUUCCAUCAGAAGCUCUGCAAUGGACUGUUUAAAAGACUGCAGCUAUCUGCAUUGCCUGUGCUGGAACCCUGUGUUCUGCCAGAUGGUGUGCACAGUUAUUGGACAAUCUAAGUGCACAGGAGUCCUACCGAAAACUUUAACUGGGUUCUGCCACCAAGUACUUCUUAUGAAAAUCAAAGCAGAGUGUCAGAGCACAAAAACUGUAGACAAAGACCUGAGCCAAACGCCAAUGAGUCAAGAAGAGGAGACGCAUCAGAACAAAAUGAAAGCUCUGAGGCAGAAAAGGAGAGUGUGGAAAGUGAGAGAGAAGUCAGAGGCUGAAGUUGAAGGCGAUGAAGCAGGGGGAAUAAAGGAGACACAGCUGCUGUCCAAACUCAGUUCUUUGGCCUGGGCGGGAGUCAAACGUAACACAUCCAUCCUCCCUGCUGGUUCAGUAGUACCUGACAGAGUUAAAAGAUUUGGCCUCAGGACAGGGAUCUUCCUCACUCAUCGCCUGAGAGCAAGGCAGGAGGGGGUGGGAGUCAAGAGAAAGGACACGGAGGAAAUGGUGACAACACAUGAAGGAAGCGAAAAUAGUCCCAGCAAUGACAUUUUGUUUUGGGCAAGCCCCUUCUUUCAGAGUUACCUGGCAGGAGUUCAUCUAUCUCUGUCAAGAACUAUCUCACACCGGAACUUCCUCCAGACGCUUUCUCAGAAUUCUGGGCAAAAGGGAAGUCAUCGACCUCAUCGGAAGGAGCUUGAGCUGACACACCGGUUUGCGGUCGGCCUCCUGUUCCAUGACAGAGCAGAGCAGCGGACACUUUAUACAGAUACAUGCAUCAGUGAUAUGGUGGCUGCCAAGCAAGUUUCAGUGAUAAAACACCUCCAGGGUCUUUCCCACUGUGACCUCAGUCCUACACAAGUCCUGGAGGCAUGCCACUAUGUUUAUGAGGCAAGCAUCAUGGACAGUGACAGUGUACAGUUGGUCAAUCACUUGGCAGAAAACCUCCCAGAGACCCUGAUGUUUCGUGGACUUCCACUCAGUCCCCCAGAUGUGCUUGCUGUGCAGAAUGUUCUGGAAAGGGGUAAUGCUGCAGGCAGAAGGUUCAGUUUGGAUCUGGAGGACUCUGGGAUACAGAUCUCAGGACUCAAAGCUCUUAUGGGGCUCGGCAACAUCAACACAUACAGGGCUUGCAUUGCUGAUGUCAUCACUUUGUGGGAGGAACUAGACAAAAAUGGUGAACAAGGGCUCCUAGUAGAGGCAGUGUCCAAGUUCAAGAUCAACCCUCUGAAAGCCACACGGGUGUGUCACAUCGAUUACUUGGCAAAGCUGGUGAAGAUACACCUGAGCAGGAGACUGUCUGACAGCCAAUCACAUUCUGUCCUGUCAGAGGGAUUGCCAGCUGUCACAGAACUUCACAAGCUUGAAUUUGAACUUGGUCCAGAAAAAGGUCCUCUGGCUCUUCUGACGCUGUGGGAGCUGCUUCCAGGUCUCCAUAAUCUACAGCACCUCGAUCUAGAAAACAAUAAGGUUGGAGACAAAGGAGUGGAAGAACUGGCUGAGUCUUUCAUGUUGCUGAGAUCUCUGGAGAUCCUGAAUUUGUCUCAGAACUGUAUUGGAGACAAAGGUGUGAAGACGCUGACGAGUGCACUGACAACUGCAUCCAGGCUGCACUGUCUCAGUUUGUGCAGUAACGUGAUCAGUGAUGAUGGAGCCUUGAGUUUAGCAGCUGUGCUCCCUUGCAUGACAUCGCUCACAGACCUGGAUGUGACAUUUAAUAGACUAACAGAUGUUGGAGCUCAGCAUUUGGGAGCCAGUUUGAAAAACUGUCCACAGAUGAAAAGUUUGAGGAUGUGGAACCAGUGUAUUCCAUAUGGAGUAUAUGAGCGGCUUCAACAGCAGGAUCAUCGAAUCCUCUGACACGCUGAUCCCUGGAGCGUCACAGCGGGUUGUGCAUGUUUACACUACAUAGAGCGCUUCGCUAAAAUAUUCGUAGCUCCUCUGUAUUUUUUGAGGGUUGUGAACAAAAUGCACCAAACCUCAGCAGAGCAUUGCUUUGCUGCUUUACUUUGAAGCAGAUUUGAAGUCCAACUAUGAAAGAGAUAAAUCCUCCCCUUACCAAAAAAUAGUACUGAUAAGUAUAUAAAAAGUAAACUAGAAGUAUACUUGAAACAUACUUGCAUAUACUACUUUUUGGUAAGGGUCAGCAUCACGUCCGCAGGUAUUUGCACUCAGACUUUUGUUUGCUUUUUUUACUGUACAGGUUGUGAUGACGUUUUGUGAAGUUUUUUUGCAGUCUGAACUCAUCUGAAACAUGUUCUGUAGUUAUUUUUUUCUGUUGCUGUAAAUAAUAUUCUGCGGAGCAACCAUCUUUUUUUUGUCAGUUUCAAAGAAAUCAAAAUAGUCUUUUUCAACACUUGUUUUGUCACUAGUUCGUUGAAUUCAUCAGGUUUUAUUCCACCAUUAACAUCAUUUCACUUCCCUCAGGUUUCUGUUCUGCUUUUUGUUGUGAACGUUUGUAUUUGUUGACACCUCUGCAUAGUUAUUACAGCGUACUUCAUAUUUUAGCACUUUUUCAUUUUCAUUCACGCAAACAGAGUUUGCAUGAUUUUGAUAUAUUUGGAAAAGAGGAUGUUUCGGUUUGACAGACAACAUUCAUUACCAAGCUUCAUUACCACCACAAUAAUUUUCAUCCAAGUUGCUCAUUUAUUUGCAGAGGAGGUCAAAGGGCAAACAAUUUCUCUGUUACCUCAAUUUUUAUUUUAUCUCAUUCCUCAUUAGAAGCACUAUUUUUCUUAUGACAUCACAAAGCUGUGAUGGGGAUCAAAGUUAGUGUGACUGCCCACUGUUGGAUGGUGGUAGUCAGUGUUUGGGCAUUGUUGCUGUGGUGUAAGUACGUACUUUGCAAGUCAACCUUCUAGUGAUGCUGCGGUGUGAUGUCAGACUUUAUCCACCUGGCCUCCUACACCACAGAUAUGCAACAGUUGAGUUUUAUUUUAAGUUCUCGCAGCUAUGUGACCGUUUUUAGAAAAAGAGGAUAUGAAAAUGACACCUACAGAAAAAACUGGUCUUUAUGGUAAAUCAACUUGAGUCACAUUGAUGAACCUCAGAUUUGUGAUCCUAUACGUAGUGGAAAGUGAAUUUCAUUUGGCUUGUGUUUACGUGAAACACGUAAACACAAUGCCAAAUAAAAGGAUCUGAUGCUGAUGUGUUUCCAUAGAAACCAUAAGUAUAGUUUGAGGAACAAAGUUCAGGAAGAGAUUUUUUUUUUUUAUGCCUUGUGACUUAGUCACAACCGAAGUCAGUAGUUGAUUUUAUUUAUUGAUAAUCUGAAUGAACUUGAAUAAUGUAAAAUGAAUAAUGUUUUUUUUCAUGAAUACUCCACCUGUAAGUCAAGUGUGCUGAGCCAAUCAGGAGCCAGGAAACACCAGACAUAACGAAUCAGCUGUGGUUGCAGCAGGUAGACAUGGAAAACACGUAUUGGAGCCGCCCAGCAGGAGCGGGGUCUGUGACUCCUGGUGGAGCACUCAGACAGCAGAAAUGUAUCCCAUCCAGGGAUACGGAUUUUAAGACACGAGUUAGAUCAUUUUUUGGCCAGCAAAAACAAACAAAAAAACAACAACAAAGAAACUACUUUGCUUUCUAUUUUAAAAACAGAACUUAAUGAACAAUGAAAAUAAGGAACAUUGCCUGCGGUCUUAAAUGGAAAAAUAAAAUAAAACAAGAUGUCCAAUUUUUUUACAUAACAGUUUGAACUAAAAUACUUUGUUGUAUUAAAUUACAAUGUGAAAAGUAUCCAUGACUCCAUGUAAAUGGGUAACGCAGGAAGGGCGUCCUGCAUGUUGAAUGUAGGUCCACUUCAGGUCUGCUGUGACGACCUCAAGUGAAAACAAGGGCUUCCUUACGAAGACUAUCCAUGAAUAAAAAAGUAGCCUUUGUAAAAAUCCUGUGGCUUAGGAACGAGUCUGCAAGAGUUAGAGAACUUGGCUGAGGAUAGGGAAGUGUGGGUAGACUUUACCUGCAUGCCAAACCAUUGGGGGGGGGGGGUCUCUCCGUACAGAUGAGAGCUUAACUAUGAUGUGUUAUUCAUUGAGUGAGUGAGUGACCCUAACCCAGCCAGCUUGUGUAGGUAAUAACUCUAAAACAAUAAAUAUCAUCAUCUUGUAAUUUAGCAUAUCAAUCGAACAUGAAAUAAGGAGAAACCGUGUUACAUCUGGUGAGCUCUGAUGCACCAGAUCCAUAAAAAAAAAAAAAAAAACACAACACUGGUUUGACAUGUCUGUCAUCUGGUGCAUGCUUAAUACAUGCUGGACAGAAAAACAGGAACCAAUGCAAAUGAGCAUAUAUGUAACUUGUCUGAAAAUUGGAUGCUACUAACACUGUCCAUCUUUGGAACUAGUGAUCGAUGGCUGAUGUUGCUUUUUAAGCGUGGGGUGGCCAAUACAUAUUGCUGCAGCUUAUCCCAGCCUAUCCCAGCAGUCAUAGGGUGUGAGGCGGGGUACACCCUGGACAUGAUGCCAAUCUAUCUCAGGGUCAGAUUCUGCUGAAAUUUGUAAUUAAAUGAAUUACUUCAUGUAGAAUAAUAAUGUGUGGGGUGGCACUGUUGCCUCACAGCAAGAAGGUGGUGGGAUCGCUUCCCACCUGGUCCUUUCUGUCUGGAGUUUGCAUGAUCUCCACGUUUGCAUGGGUUCCCUCUGAGUGUGUCGGCUUCCUCCCACUACCAAAGACUUGCAGGUUAGCUGGAUUUUAAAGUUUAAAUUGACUGUAGGUGUCAAUGAGUUUGUCCUUUUAUACUGUUAUGACAAAAAGGUCAUUUGACAAAUGUCAAAAAAUGAAGCACUGUACAUUUUCUCUAAAUGAAAGUCUAAAUUAUUUAUGUGCCUAGUCUCGUAUUUUUUAUUUGUGUGUGCAUCUACACUUUGACUGCGUUUGCUGACUUUACCGCUUUGUAAAUAUUUUUCUACUUACUGUGCAUGUUUAUGUAUAAUUACUGUAAAUAUGUUGUGUUUUGAUUCUAUUCAGGUUUUAAAAAUGUGUCCAAAUGCUGCUGUCAUAAUCGGCAUAAGAAUGCCCUCUGGUGGUCAAAAUGUGAUAUGACCUAUAACAUAUGUUUCUUCUGCUACAAACAGAAAAUGUGUCAGAAUUGUCAUUGUUUAUUUCAAAAUAAAAGCCGUGGCUUAUUACAGUGUGUGCGUUGUGUCUGCACAAAAACAUGAAAACCCUCCGACAAUAACGUGACGACUCGUCAGCGUGAUGAACUGAGAGGCGAGAACCGAUCUCGACCAAUAUGGCGCGAGAUCAGAUUAAUCAAAAACACAAUUAGUUCAGCAUUUCAACAGCAAAUUUUACACCUGACUCAACAAAUCACAGCCUCAGCAUUUAGUCCAUGAGGGGGGGGGGGGGGGGGGGGGGGGGAAUCAUGGGCAGGUAACGCCCACUCCCACAAAUGUGACAUUUACAACUGAAAAAGUGAUUUAUUCAAUUAUUUGUUUAUCAUACCGCUAUUUAUUUUUUUUUCCAAUUAAUCAUUUUAGUCUGUACAUCUGCAAAAAUUCAAAUUGCUCAAUUACUCAAAAUACUCAGUUACAGAAUACAAAUUCUAUACACUUCAGAAAAUUCUGCUUUAUAAAUAAAAUCAUUAAAACAAUUAGUCAAAUUUUGCAUUCAUAAUUCCAUAAAAUUAUUAUCUCUAUCUUAUUUGUACAUCCAUUUGUUAUUGCUGCCAAUAAUAUUUAAUGAAAUCUAAAUAACAAAAA